UUUCAUUUUAAAGUGGCUGAUUAUAUUUUCAUCUACUCUAUGUAAUAAUAGUAAUAAGUUUGUUGUCCUUUCAAUAAUUUACAUAAGAUGGCCCCAAAUAGGCUUAUCUUUCACAUUUCUAGAGAAUGCCAAGAGCGUAAAAUGAAUAAGCAUAUGUAUAGGCAUUGUCCUUUCAAUUUCCUGCAUAUAUUUAGGGGAGAAGUAAUCAAUUAUCUAAUCUAGGACAUGGAACAACAUCUAAUCUCUUGUCCAGACAAAAAAGAACCAGAUAAACAAAUCUAAAUAGAACAGAACAAUAUUGAAAACCAAUUUUUAUAAGGAGAUCCUAAUUGGGGUUAAAAGAAUCCUAAUGAUAUGAUGAUUGAAAUGCCGAUUAAUUAAAAUGAAGUUCAACAAGAUAAUACCCUAAUAGACUAAUUCAAUAAUCUCAAGUUAUAAAGACAAGAUGAUAUCUGGGAUCAAAUAUGGAAAUAACAUAAUAUUAAUGAAGAUGAUUUUGAUAUGUUAUAAUGA